GGGAUUGCAUGCCCAGCGAUCAGGCCCGGGAGUAGAGGGCAAUCUCCCUGAGACUUGUUCGAGAACUCUAUUGCCAGGGGGGGUAGGUGUCUGGUGGUAUCUGGUGGUGUCUGGUGCGAGCAGGGCACGGUGGGCACAACCUCAAGGGGGGUGGGAAGUUCAGCACCCCCGUACCCAUACCCAUACCCAUACCCAUACCUGCCGCCCCAGAUCUGGCCUGGGACCUAUCGCUUAUUAGCUACGGCCCAAGCCCGGCCAGCAGCAAGCUGGUCCUGGUCUUUCCUCCACUGAUCGCCGUCAGGUGUCCGGCGAGCCAUCAGCCUUUUCAGUCAAUCAGCCCCGCCUGCUUCCAGGGACUUGGGCCAAUCUGAAGCUUGCGUUUUUUGUCCAUUUUUUUUUUCUUCUGAUAUUUUCUCGUUUUUUUUUCCUUCUCUCUUUUGAUCUGCCCUCGCUAUUUUUCGUCCUCUGGUUGGGGGAGGUCCCAACCCAGCUCUGUCACCUGCGAGCCACCUUUCGAACCAAACACACCCCAUCUUGUGGACCAGUAUAAAGUCAUCUUUUCGCUCUCCCACGCAUUGGGUGGGCUCGUGGUCACCUGUCACCCGCUUCCCUCCGAAGGCCGGUCAGACGGGGAACAGAAAAAAAAAAGGAAAGAAAAAAAAAAGAAGUCAAUAAAAAAGAAAACCGAAGCAGCACCCCUUUCUUCCCGACAAAGAUUUAGGGUUUAUAUUCAAGAACAAGAUCGAGCGGCCCCAAAAGACCACUAGGCCAGGGCUUGACGCGGUUCCUUUCACCUAAGCGCACCCUUGAAUCUUGAAUCGGAGCUCGGCGCUAGCUCCUCCCCCAGCCCAAGCACAAGCGAUCAAGGCACAAAGGCGCCAGAAGGAAAAGCCGACACCCCCCCAGAGGCCCUCCAUCCAGGCCUAGCCAUCAGAUUGCGCUCGCGCUAUUUUAGCGUGUGCUGGCCAUUGCCCUCCCCACCGCCAAUUUCGACCCGGGACUCGGUCACUCAGGUCCCCCAUCCGCGGUGACCUCAGCGCAUCAGAAUCGUGCUGGCUGAUCCCUGCACUGACGCUCGAUCCGGGCCCUCUUUCGGGCUGAGGGAGUGGCUUGUGCGCUCCUGGUGCAGUCGAUCACCCUCUCCAGCUAGUGGGCGGCGAACCCGGGCACGCACUACCAUCUACCGCCGUCAAAUACACAUCAUAGCCGCUGCUGCAAGUGGUUGGCCCUCCUUUGCUCCGCACGCAACGAACACUUUUAUGCACCGCUCCUCUGACUACUGGCCAACCAUUCGCCUCCUGCCAACCACUACAACAUCCAUACCACACAAAACUCUUGGACUGCCCCCUCUCGUUCGGACCCCAGCCCCAAACCAAGGCCACCCCAAAGAAAAAAAAAGGAAGCGAGCCGAGUGACGGACCAUCGACCUGUCGAACUUGGACCGAACUGGAACGAGAUCUAAACAAGCACCGGUCUCCUUGCCCGUCCUGAGCCGAGGUCGUAGUAUGUUUGUGGCACCCGCGCAGCAGCACCGUCACGCGUUCGUUGAACACGACCAUCAUCAUCGCCUGCCGUCUCCGCUCCACCGUCCGACCUCUCCGCAGUACAGAAGCCACGGCUCCGCGGGGACCCCUAGCAGCAGUAGCCUCGCGUCGCCCGUCGGUCCCUCUAUGGAACGCAGUGGGUCGGAGUACUCGCAGUCAGGUUUGCCUGCGCCCUAUCUAAGCAACUGCGGCGACAUCAAGUCUGAGGCCCCGUCAUCCACCCCCAUAGAUCACGCGUCUGCUGCGCAAUACGCCACGCAGCACCAGCAGCACCAGCAGCACCAGCAGCAGCACCAGCAGGAGGUGCGCUCCAACACCAGCAGCACCUACUCUGCCUCGGCCACUCCCACAUCUGAGUACAGCGUGUAUCCGGCCUCGGCUCGCUCGAGCUCGUUCCCCGAUCACAUCCAUCGCUCGUAUCAUCCCUCGAGCAGCCACAGCGGCAGUAGCGGAGAUCCCUCCAUUGCCGCCCCGAGCCCGACGUAUACUCACGGGCAACAAUACUCGCCUUACGGGCCGCCGUCGCAGGACAUGUCUCACGGCUACGCGCACCCGAGCAGCGGGCUCUACGCACAACCCCGCCCCGACUGGACCGGCUACGGACAGCAGCACGGCGCACCGCUGACCCCGGGUCACCACGUCUUUCCGCAAACCCCGACAUCCGCGCCCCCACAGGCCAGGCCGAACCAGGUCUACUCAUUUGUGCCGAUUCCUGGUGCGCAACAACACAAGCGGCCGAGGCGGCGAUAUGAGGAAAUAGAGCGCAUGUACAAGUGCGGGUGGAAUGGAUGCGAGAAGGCAUAUGGCACGCUCAACCAUCUGAAUGCGCAUGUGACGAUGCAGUCUCAUGGCCAGAAGCGCACUCCCGAAGAGUUCAAGGAGAUCCGCAAGGAAUGGAAGGCCCGUAAAAAGGAGGAGGAAGCCAACCGGAAGGCCGAGGAGGAGCGGCAAAGGCAGGCAGCCGCAGCGUCCCAAAACGGCUCCAACGAGGCGCAGGCCGGACCCGAAGCGACGCAAUCUUCAAACGGCUAUGCCGCAGCCCGCGGGGCCGUCCAGCUUCCCCCAAUCGGCUACCAACCCAGCCAGUACCCAGCACCAGGGUCUGCGGGCGUUCAACAGUCGAUCCCCGAGUACGGCGCGGGCUACAUGCACGCCAACUACCAGCCGACAUCUCCCUACGGCCAACCAAACCAACAGAUGUACAGCCAGCGUUAGCGGAACUCGUGCGGACCGACUGUUGGCCUGCGGGCCCGAUUUUGCCUCGUCCUUGCUCGCGGCACACGACCCAUUUGGGAGCACACAGGGACGUGCAGAUAGCCACGGCCGUCGCCAGAGGCGCAGGAGGACAACAGAAGAGCGGCUUCUGGCGUUAUCGGGCCAAAGCCGCGACGGUGACCACGGAGCACCUAGGGCUUAUAUCCACCACCCAGUCAACAGAAUACGCGCUCUAGGCGGCGAGUCCCGACUCCCGCACUACGACAGAGCUUCGAGCCAGCUCGCCGCCUCCCGACUUUGGAAUGGACGUGGCCAGCUCGAGCUGGUUGUGGCUCAUAGCGCGGAGGCAAUUUCGGCAAGCAGGCGAAUGCCACCAACGCAGGGGCACGUCAAAUAUGACAUGGCCAUGUCUGCCGGGCUCUCUCGACCGAAAAAAAUGGUUCGGGAGCUUUCUUGAUGAUAAUGCGUUAUAUUUUUCUUGCCUUGUCAAUUUUUCUUUCUCACGAUAAUCGUCGCAUCAAGCGUGGGGCAUACUAGGUUUGGGGCGGCUUUGCAUUUAUGGCCGGUUUCUCAAAUGGUGGGAAAGAAGGGGUUACAGUUCAGCGUGGAUGCUUCGAGGCAUGACCCACCCGACUACACGUCCAUCUUUGUUGAUUCUUACACUGCUUUUUUUUUUGCCCACUAUUCUUCUACCCCAUCCCAACAUGCCCAUUUUUUUUCCACCAACGACUUUGCCGGUAGGCAGGGUCCGUUGGCCCUUGUUUGCGAAAGGGCUGCUUGGAAUAGAGCUGGUGGUAGCGACGGGUUGGCGGGCAAGCUGGAGAUCUAUUUCGGCUCCUUUUUUUCGUUUUCCUUGUCUCUUUUGCUGCGUCGGCUAUACCCAAGUGUUCUCUCGUCCCAUGGAUGCGUGGCAUGGGGGGAGGAGAAAGGAGUCGCAGACGAUCGGGCCGACCUCGUUCUGUGAGGGCACGCCAAACCAUACUACUGGAUUGCGGUGGUGCCAUGGCUUCCUCGGAUUUGUUGUUCAAGACCAGAAUCGAACUGCCAGGUUCUCGGAGUCAUGCCUUGUUCCGUGUUUGUCAACACAUGUUCUCUCUGUCUGCCUGUUGUUGUUUUGCUUUGGGUUGGUGUUUUCUGGUGUUUCCCGCGCCACGAACUGUCGCCGUUCCGUGUUCAUGUUUACCGGUUAGGUCAUUUUUCUUUCUCUUUCUUGAUUCCCGUCACCGUCGCGAGUAUACAAGGACACGCAGGGGCGUUUGAAGGAGUCACUUUGGCUUUGAUUUCUUUUCUUGUUUUCCUGAGACAGAGAGAGCUGCGAGACGGAAACGGAAACCUGGCCGGAAAGAAAAGGUAAAAGUGAGAUGUUGCAGCAGGUUGUACGACAAAGCACUUUGAAGCUUCCCUGCUUGUUUUCGCCUUCACCGCGAUUUGCGACAUAGAUACAGUCCUAAUUACCGUUUAGGGUGUCGACUGGUGGGAGUUUUCUGGUCAAUUUAUCGUGCAUCUCGACUUUG